AUGGAUAGCGGCAGCAAGAUGGAAUCCAGCAAGGCUGCGUCGUCAGGCGACGGGGCCAUGACGACAUCGCCUGAGCCGGAGUCGGCGGCGGCGGCAGCAGGCGGGGGUGGAGAGGAAGAGGCGGCCGUGUCGCCACCAGCGCCAGCUGCUGCUGCUAGCCCGAGGCCGUACUACGAGUGCGUCUUCUGCAAGCGCGGGUUCACCACGGCGCAGGCGCUCGGCGGCCACAUGAACAUCCACCGCCGCGACCGCGCGAAGCCGCCGACCCGCGACUCGCCCACCGGCAUAACGUCCGUGUCCCACAACGUCGAGUGCUACAACAAGUACCGCCACUUGGUGUCGCCGCCGCCGUAUCCUCCGGCACAGUCGACUCCGAUUCCGGUCGGUGCCGGCAGCAGCUUCGCUAUGUACUACGUGAGCUCCGGUACCGCGGCGGCCGGAGCUAGGCUUGACGCGGAGGGUGGGAGCCCUAGCAGCGUCAGCCCCAGGGAGCUUAGCCUGUUCGGUGAGGCCAAUCGUGAUCAAGACUUGCACCUGGGCCUCGGCCACCAGGGGCACAUCGGCGGCGGAUCGCGCACGCCGGACGAGGGUGGGCCGGAGCGGCAGCAGUACUCCGGCGAGCCGGAAAGGGAGCUGGACUUGGAGCUCAGGCUUGGGCGUCGUCCCAGGCAUUGA